CUUCUGUUUCACUGAAUUGAUAACUUCCCUUCAAAAACUUCCAUCUUCACAUAUCCUCCAAAGAAAAGGCCAACAUUGCUCUCUCUCUCUCUCUCUCUCUCUCUCUCCAAAAAGCAGGGCUUAAACCUCCUUAACAUGAUCACUUGUCGUAGUUUCUAAACACAACAAGGACAAUGGGGAGGCACUGGGUGAUGCUACUCCUCAUUCUUGCGAUUUUAUUUUCUGGGUCUUCAUCAGCUUCCGUCGCACCUCCUGCAAAAAUUGUUAGUGGGGUUGUUUCAAAUGUAGUCUCUGCUCUAAUUAAAUGGCUAUGGUCACUAAAAUCUACCCCUAAAACAGAGGUUUCUUCUAGCCGUUCGAUGAUGAAAUUUGAAGGAGGAUACACGGUUGAGACAGUAUUUGAUGGGAGUAAACUUGGAAUUGAUCCGUACUCUGUUGAAGUGUCUCCAUUUGGGGACCUUCUGGUUCUGGAUUCUGAAAAUAGUAACGUUUACAAGAUUUCAACUCCCUUGUCUCGAUAUAGCCGUCCCAAACUCAUUGCUGGAUCAUCUGAAGGGUACACUGGGCAUGUAGAUGGGAGGCCAAGAGAAGCUCGGAUGAACCACCCAAAAGGCAUUACUGCCGAUGACAGAGGAAAUAUCUACAUCGCAGACACUGAAAAUAUGGCAAUCAGGAAGAUCAGUGAUGCAGGGGUGGUGACUAUUGCAGGAGGGAAGUGGAGCCGAGGAGGGGGUCAUGUGGAUGGUCCAAGUGAAGAUGCAAAGUUCUCACAUGAUUUCGAUGUGGUUUACAUUGGGAGUAGCUGCUCUCUUUUGGUUGUGGACAGAGGAAACCAGGCAAUUCGAGAGAUCCAACUCAAUGAAGAUGAUUGCACGUACCAGAACGAUGGGAAUCUCCACUUAGGGAUAGCAGUACUUGUUGCGGCUGGAUUUUUUGGUUAUAUGCUGGCCUUGCUGCAGCGAAGAGUCGCAGCUAUGUUUUCAUCCCAUAGAGAUCCUGAACCGUCAAUGAGAAAAGGCAUACCACCCCCACCUUAUCAAAUACCUCCAAAAUCUGUCAGGCCCCCGUUAAUUCCAAAUGAAGAUGAAUACGAGAAGGCAGAAGAAGGCUUAUUUGGUUCAAUGGGUAAGCUUUUCCUCAACACAGGCUCAUCCAUGGUUGAAUUAAUCAAGGGUAAGAAGAAACCUCUCCACAAUCACAUCCAACAGCAUUACCAUCAACCAACCAAACACUCAAACACAUGGCCCGUACAAGAGAGCUAUGUGAUUCCAGAUGAAGAUGAGCCCCCACCUCUAGAAACUAGAACGCCACCAAAAAGGAAAAACUACCCAUUUGUGACCAACGAAAUGGAGAACAGCCGCCACCAAUUCAAACAAAACCGGUCGUUUCAAGGCGGGUGGAAUGGGAGUGUUCAUCACCACCACCAACAGCAUCACCAGAGGCAUUACUCAACUGGGCCUGAAACUUACUAUGAGCAAAGUUGUGAGAAAAAGGAGGUUGUCUUUGGUGCAGUUCAGGAACAGGACGGGCGUCGUGGAGCUGUUGUGAUUAAGGCAUUGGAUUAUGGAGACCCUGUGUACAAUAGCCAUAACAUCCGAUCGCGCUAUAACUAUAUGGGUUACUCAUAUGGCUAUUGAUCAUCUUUAUGUGAACCUUCGUAUCAUCAAACUAUAGGAAAUAUUUGUGAUGUGAGAUAUGAAGAUGAAGUGGUGGCAGAUCAAUGUGUUAAUGCGUAGGUUUCCUCUUCUUUCUUUUCAGGAGAUGUGUUAGUUGUCCAAAGUUUUCCUGCAAUGAAAUCAAGUAUAACAAAGAAGGCACACAAUGAAGUGGAUCUUUAUCUCUUUGCUACUAAUCAGUAGAAUAGAAAUUUUCUGUAA